AUGUCCAUCAUUGACUCAGACCUCAAGUCUCUCUCUUCCGAAGUCAAGAAGCGAUUCACAACCGCCAUAACUGAGAGCGAUGCAUUCUUCUAUCCUUCCCAAAAAAUCACUCUUCAAGAAUCUUCCAAAACCGGGAUCUUGUGGCAGAUUCGCACCGUACCCGCUCUCCUAAAGAAGCCAAAAGCUAACGAUUCGACGCCGCCCAAAGAGGAAGCGAAACAGAAAGGCGAAGCAGAACAGAACAGGCAAGAUGUAUUUGCACCACCUUACGUCCCGAACCUACACGUGAAGGAUCUUGGUCAAGACCAUGUAGUGUUGUUGAACAAAUUCUGUGUUGUCCCACAGCACUUUCUAAUGGUCACACGCGAGUUUGCUUCUCAGGAUUUACCCCCGGCGCCAGGAACGUUGGCUUUGGCGUACAGGAUUGUAGCAGCCCACAAGGGGGAGAGUAUGAGAACGGAAUUAUUGGCGUUUUACAACUGUGGUGUUACGUCGGGUGCGAGUCAGCCUCAUCGCCAUUUGCAGUUCGUACAGUGUCCUCCGCUCGACACUACUACUGAAGAGGCGGAAGAAAGUGGAAGAUUGACGAAGGAAGAACAAGAAAAGAUCACCGAAUGCGAAUACAAGGUUCCAGUGGAAGUAUUACUAGAUAGAAUAGAGCGAGAUGGAAAGGAACAAGACAGCGUCCACGCCCUUCCUUUGCCUUGGCAACACUUUGUCGUUCUCCUACAACCCCCAGCUGCAGCUAAGGAGGAGGCUGACAUGGAAAGGUAUAUCGGGAACAAGUUCAUGGGUCUCCUAGACGCUCUAUUCCGCGCGCGUAUGUUCGCGCCGGAGGGGGAAAAGAAGGAGGGUAGACCAAGUUUCAACAUCCUCAUCACUAAACGCGCCAUGCAUCUAAUCCCAAGAAGCAAAGAAGAAUUCGAAGGGCUACCAGGGAAGGAAGGCAGUGAGGGGAAAGUGGGCAAUCUUUCGAUCAACUCCCUAGCUUAUGCUGGGUUUAUGCUAACGAGGAGUAUUGAAGAGCAAGAGGCGCUGAAGGGGGUUCAAGGAGGUGUGGAGGAGGUGCUGAGGUGUACUGGAGUGGGGCCGGUGGAAGAUGUGACUCUGAUGGGGGGGUUGCCGACGACGAACAUGUGA